GAUGAGUCUGAUUUUUAUGUUUCCAUUUGCCCAGACAAAGAAACAGAAGUGCGACUGAGAGGUUGCUCUCUACAUCUCAUCACUGACAAUAACAUGGAGGAGACAUUUACAACUUAUUCAACAUCAUAUAUGACCAUAAUCGAUGAUUAUGACGGAACUGGCUCCUCUGAUUACGCAGAAUAUGGUUCAGGACCGACUGUAUAUUCGGGCAUUUGUGACAAAAGCUGGGUCAGGGAGUUUCGUGGGCAGUAUGAACCACCCCUCUUCUGGAUGAUCUUCAUCCUCGGCGCCAUUGGUAACCUCCUGGUGGUUUGGAUCUACACCACCGUGCGCAACCGCCUGAAAACAAUGACCGACGUGUACCUGCUAAACCUCGCCGUGGCUGACCUCUUCUUCUUGUGCACGCUGCCCUUCUGGGCUGUUGACGCCACCAGGGGCUGGAACUUUGGCGUCACUCUCUGCAAAAUGGUGUCCGCUGUCUAUAAAAUCAACUUCUUCAGCAGCAUGCUCCUGCUCACCUGCAUCAGCGUAGACCGCUACAUUGCUAUCGUACAAGUCACCAAGGCCCACAACCUGAAGAACAAGAGGCUGUUCUACAGCAAGCUCGCCUGCCUGGGCGUCUGGUUCGUCUCCACUCUCCUGGCUCUCCCUGAGUUCGUCUUUGCCCAGGUGAAGACGCCUAGAAGCGGGCAGCCCUCCUGUGCUCUGGUCUACUGGAACAACACGUACAACCGGACUAAGAUCCUGGUUCUGUCCCUGCAGAUCUGCAUGGGCUUUCUCCUUCCUCUGCUAGUUAUGAUCUUUUGUUACUCAGUUAUCAUUCGCACACUUCUGCAGGCCAAAAGCUUUGAAAAGCACAAAGCUCUGCGUGUCAUCUUCGCUGUGGUGUUUGUGUUUGUUCUGUCUCAGCUGCCCCACAACAGUCUGCUGAUAAUAGAGGCCACGCAGGCGGCAAAUGCAACCAUCACCGAGUGCGAAAUUUUAAUCGGCUUCGAUGUGGCUGGACAGAUCGCCAAGAGCCUCGCGUACACUCACGCCUGUCUGAACCCAUUCCUGUAUGUCUUCAUCGGAGUUCGGUUCAGACAAGACCUCCUGAGGAUUGUGAAGAUGUGUGCCGGUGGUCUGGGCAAAGGAGGGCUCAGUAAAAUACAAGCAGUUCCCAAACGUCCCUCUGUCAUGUCAGACACUGAUACUACCCCUGCCCUUUCCAUAUAAACACCAAUGUUCCUAAAAUACAAUACCUAAGACCUGUGCCUAUUUUUACAUGGUCAUACUUAGUUCCACAUGCAUUACUUGCUACUAACAGAGCAACAUUUCUUUAAACUUUGAAAUAAAAAAUCUUUGGAAUUUACAUUCACAUUCUGUCCAUCAAAAGCACAGUUUUUUUGGAAUCGCUGUAUAAACUGUACAUUACUGUAUAUACUGGGUUUUUUUUAAAGUGCUUGUAUACACUCAUUAAGUAUGUUUUUGUUGUGUGCUGCUGUAUCUGAAUGAAAAAAGUGUCACUUUGAUUUUCAGGUAGAAAAAUAAAAUUAAAGAUGAGAAAAAUA